AUGAUCACCCUUGAGCAAAUGAAUAUGCUACUGAAUCGCAUGAGAACCGACAUAGUAUCUGAGAUAACUAUAUCUAUAAAAAGGGAAGUUAACGCAGCUGUUAACUCUGCACUUGAAACUAUAAGGCAGGAGUUCACCGCAACCACAGACUUUCUAGCAGCUGAACAAAAAGACUUAAAAACCGAAAUAGAUUCAUCUAAGAAAGACAUAAAAGAGUUGGAGGCCAAGAAUUUUAAAUUGCAAAGUCUUGUCACAUCCUUAGAACGUCGUGUUGAAUCCGCAGAAAAGAUGUCGCGUAGCCUUAAUCUGGAAAUACAAGCUGUGCCUGAAAGGAAAGGUGAAAAUGUUGUAACUCACGUUAAAAAUCUUUGCAAGAAGGUAAACGUUCCUAUGACUGACUCAGAGAUUCAUGCCUGCCGAAGAGUGGCCAAGAUGGAUCAAUCUUCCUCUAGACCAAGGAACAUUCUCGUUACACUGUCAUCCAUGCGCCAUCGGGACAAUAUUAUCUCGGCUGUGAAACGAUACAACAAGGCCAACUCUACAAAUAAAUUAAACUCAUCUGACUUGGAAAUAACUGGUGAAGCCUGUCCUAUCUUUGUAACUGAGCACCUAUCUCCUGCAGUCAAAGAGAUCCAUGCUGCUGCACGAAAAAUUGCCAAAGAAAAAUCCUACAAGUUUGUAUGGGUGAAAUUUAACCGGGUAUUUAUGAGAAAAGACGAUAAAUCACCUUACUUGCGUAUUAAAAGCCUGGAGUGUCUAAACAAUCUGUCAUAA